UUCAAUCCUAGGUAAAUUUUUGUGAUUAUCAGAGAAAAAUUGCUUUGAAUAUAAAAGUCAAAGUAUAUAUCUGUCGACAAUUGUUGAAUUAUGUAUCGAUCUAAUAAGGUAUAAUAACAUGUUUGAUACAUAUAACCAUAACAAGAUAUUUACAUGACAUUAUGUACUUGAUACAUUAUGUUAUACUGAACACGUUGCGUCGCUAGUUUUCGCUGAUCCCUCGAAGUUGAAAAGAUCACGAUUAAACAUAAAAAUUUUGGGCUAAAAGUAACGGCUCAUGUGACUGCUUAAACAAACGCAAAUAAAACAAAUAGGAUAUCCAGAUAUCAAAAAUAAAAAUUAACAUGCUGUUCUUAAAAUUAUUAUUAAAUAAUUUAUUAUAUACCAUUUUAAUGGCAACAGCUAUUUCCGUCGAUGAAAAUGCAGAAAAUAAGUGGCGUGAUAUUCUUAAUUAUCAAUUGGCAAAUAAUAUAAGACCGUUUCAUUAUAAUUUGAAGAUAAUAUUGAUGCCAGAUUAUAUAAGUGGCGAGUCCAAUACUAUUUUUUAUAUUAAAUAUGCAAAACCAUAUAUAAUUUUACAUAUGCCAAUGCUUAUGAAUAUAAGUGAAGUAAAGUUGAAAUCAAUUGAAAAUAAAAUGAUUUAUGCAAUGAAUUAUUCAAUAUUUAUUACUAAUGAAAAUCUUAGAGAAAAAUUAUUGAUUAUUGAACCCUUUAAUCAAUUAAUGUCACAAAAAUAUUUAAAACGUGGAGUUCAUAUUUUGUAUUUUAAAUUCACAUGCAUAAUGAAUCACGAUACAAGAGAUUUUUUGCGAACUUCGUAUACAAAGGAGAAAAAAGGUGAUGGGUUCAUUUUUGCAACACUAAUCCAGCCCAGAAGAGCCCAACAAUUAUGUCCAUGUUGGGAUGUGCCAAAAUUAAGUGCCACUUUUAACAUUUCCGUAGAACACCAUAAAAAAUACAAAGUUUUGUCGAAUAUGCCAGUACAAGAAUAUAAAUCCGUGGACAAUUCCACAAUGUGUACAGUCUUCCAGAUGACACCUCCAAUGUCUACAUAUGAUGUAGCAAUUAUAAUGUCAGAUCAGUAUCAGGUUUCUAAUUCGACUGUUUUGGUCAACACGUGGUGUAGAUCACAAGUGAUACCUCACAUGAUAUUUAUGCAAUCUAUCUCUGAAAAUGUAAUUACAUAUUUAGAAAACAGUUUUAGGAUAUUGAGAAGAAUUCCAAAAAUGGAUUAUGUCGUUAUUCCAAAUUUAGAAGACAGGAUCAGACAGACUUGGGGACUCGUUUUAUAUAAAUUUACUUAUCUCAAUUCGACGUCGUUGGAUGAUCUUUGGGGCUUUAUGCAGAAAAGUGUAUACCGUAAAUUAAAAAAUAAACUAUAUAAUUUAAGCAUAAAGCAGAUAAUGGAUAUUUGGACUAUACAAACGCAUUGUCCUGUGGUAAAUGUGAUACGAAAUUAUUCUAAGAAUCUCGUGACAAUAUCAAAAGAGACUCAUGAUGAAUUGGAUCAGCAACCAUAUUUUAUACCUGUGAGCUGUACUAAAGAAACGAAUAUCAAUUUUGUCAUCUCGCUAGAAAGUUUCAACUGUUUGACACAGUCAAAGCCGAAGGUGGAAAUAUAUUAUGAUAAUAAAGAUAAAUGGUUCAUUGCCAACAUAUUGCAAACUGGAUAUUAUCGCGUCAAUUAUGACAAUGACAACUGGAUGAUGAUCGCUUAUUAUCUAAAUUCUGAAAAAUAUGAAAAUAUACAUGUUAUCAAUCGAGCGCAAAUCAUUGGUGAUGCAUUCCAUCUUAUGAUGGAGGAGAAACUUGAUUCAGCUAUAUUUUGGGAACUUGCGAGUUAUUUAUGGCGAGAGAGAAAUUAUAUAGCAUGGUAUCCUAUGAUUAAAGCUUUUGAACAUAUAUCCAGUCUCUUUGCAUUUCCAACAACUGAUGAUGAACAUCUCGAGGUAAUGAAGGACAUAGUAGGAAGCUUGUUUGAAAAUAUAAACGAGCAUGUGUACAAUCAAAUAAGAUCCAAUAACGAUUUUGAUAAGUAUUUAAAACAAGAACUCACGAAAUGGGGAUGUCUUAUCAAUAAUUCUUUGUGCCUGAAAAUGACCAAAGAACAAUUUGAAUGGCAUUUAAAAAAACCUAAAAUUAACAAAUUUUUGCCUGGAUGGAACAAAUUGAUAUUUUGUUAUGGUUCGAAGACUGUGAACCAUACGAUAUGGAUUAAAGCGUUUAAUGAAUACAAAAUAUCUGAUUAUGAAAUAUUGAAAUUUCUUAGUUGCUCCGAUAAUCUGCAAAAUAUAGUUUAUUAUCUAUGGUUUAUUUUAUCGAAACUUAAAUAUGAAAUGCGGACACUCAAAGAUAAAAAUAUUGAUUUUGGAGCAUUAACACAUACAAAAAAGCAUGUUUAUAUUUCACUUACUGAUAUUUUCUUUUCUCUUCUAGCCAUACAUGCUAAGAACUCUAUACUGCUUAGAGAUAUAUUGGUUUCAUAUAAUUUUAAAUUUAUACAGGACAGCGGAAUAAAUACGAUUGUAACAUUAAUUGUCAUUAUUAAUAAUAUAUAUUCCAAAAACAAUCUUGAUCAAAUAAGUAAAUUUGCUAAGGAUAAUAUGCCACAAUUAGUUUCGGAAUGUAUUGAACGCAAAAUAACAACGCGAUUGCUUGAGAUUGAGAAUCAGAGAAAAUUUUAUAAAAUUAUGUUUCCUCCAUUGCCCUAAUCACGUUACCAAUUACGAAACGUCCAACUACAAAUCCAAUUACAACAUGUCUAACUACAAUACAUCCAAGAACUGCAAACAAAUAUCGGGAUGAAGUUAUUAAAUUAUAGUAAUUGGGGUAGAUAAAUCUCUAUGUUAAUAAUGCAUAUUCUCAAGAUCAACGUAUUGAGGUAAAUGAUAUGGAGUUAAUGAAACUCAAAAAACUCUACACUUAUUUUGAAAAUUUAUUUUAAUUUUUAUCUGUUAAUAAAUAAAAUUAUACAUAAUGUAUCUGUCGCUUUCUUUCUUACAUGUAGCGACAAAAUUAUGCUAAUUUAAAAAUUUAUUAUAUCUGUUUUUUAUAAUAUUUAAUUAUGAAAUUACUGAUUGUGAUAACAAACAAUAAAUUAAAAUUUAUUUUAGAUCAUUUAAAUAAAUAAAUUUAUGUGCAUAA